AGAUUUUGUCCACCAGGUAAGGCUAAGAAGGGUGAUUUUAUAUGCUGUUUAUAGAAUAUAUUUAUGUUGGUGUAAAAUCAAUACAUUAUUUAUGAUAACAAAAUACAAAGUUCAUUUGGUAUUGGUUAAAAAUGUAUAUGCGAAGCUUUCAAUCUAUAUACUUGUGCGUUUUCAUUGUAUACAAUACCUAUUGCUAACAGCAGGUAGUCAAGUUCCAAACACCAUAAAAAACUGAUUUAUAUUACAUUGUAGACUAUUUAUUACAUUAAACAAUUUAUUAAAAAUGUCUUGGCUAAAUUCAAUUAGAGGGUUUUUUACUCCUGAUAAUAAUCCUAGUAGAGUCAUUGAAGUAAAAUCAGAAAAGUAUUCUGACCGCAAUGUCCACUGUCGAUAUGAUCCUAUUAUGUUGUACCAAGCAGAUAAUAAUAAUACCAGUGAAAUUGUCUUGCAUUUAUCACGUGCUGAGAGUUUAACUACAUCUUACAGUUUGUUCAGGAGUCCUGAUAUUUAUGAAUGUGAAAUAAGAUUUUUCAUUCUCAAAGAAAAAUUACCAGAAAUACUUCGUAUAUCUAAAGAUGGUUAUAGUGUAACUAUGAUACAACAGUUAUGUGAUACUCUUGUUGAAAAUCCAUCAUGGAAUGAAGCUCAUGUAGUUGUACGAUUGGUAAUGAUUGAUAUUUUGUCCCAUCCAAGCAUUUUGAAGUUCUUAAAUGUACCUGAUGAAUGUUAUGGUAUAUCACCAUUGCAGUUAGCUAUUUAUGACAAUUCUUUUAAUGUAGUUAAAGCUUUAAUUGGCUUGGAUGUUUCUUUGGAGCAUUUAGAUAAUGAAGCAAACUCAGUUUUUCACUAUGCCGCUAAAUCUAGUAGUGACAUAAUUUUGGUCUUGUCUAAAGUGAGCACCAAAUGUUUGAAUUAUCGUAAUAUAAAUGGAUUUACACCACUUCAUUUAGCAUGCCAAGCAGAUAAACCGGAUUGUGUCAAAGAGUUGUUGGUUUGUGGAGCAGAUGUAAAUAUACCAGCAGGAAUUCCUGAAAAAAAUGUAUCUGAAAACAAAUUGCCUGGAAUUGUAAAAGAUUAUCUUCAAGAUAACCAUAAAAAACUCUUUGUAGAAGAUAUGAAAUUUGGAGGUACUCCUUUACAUUGGUCGAGUUCUCGUGAAGUUAUUGAUAGCUUGAUUGCUAAUAAUUGUGAUAUUAAUGCAUUAAAUUUUGACAAGCGCACAGCUCUUCACAUAAUGGUUAUAAGAAAUAGAUUUGAUUGUGUAAUGGGACUAUUAUGUAAUGGAGCUAAUGUAAACAUAGCUGAUGUAGAUGGUAACACUCCAAUGCAUUUUGCAGUCAAAAAUAAUUUGAUACCAAUAAUUCAUGCUCUUAUUGCAUUUGAAGCCGACAUUGAUUAUGUUAACAAUAAAGGCAUAUCUCCAAGACAUAUUGCUGCUACAAAUAAUGGACCUGAUAAAAUUUCUGAAAAAAUUAUUUAUAUUUUGCAUGCAGUUGGUGCCAAACGAUGUCAAAAUGUUUUAUUGGAAACAGAAUGUACUAAUGGAUGUGCUUGGAACAAAGAGUACAAUGGUUUACCUCCUCAAAAACCUAUAUCAAUGCCAGUUAGAUGUAUUGUGACAGCUAUGGAAGAACUUAUGGAAGAGAGAAUAGAUGUCAAUAAAAAUUAUCGAGGAGGCAGAGUCUUAUCUCUUGAUGGUGGUGGAAUCAGAGGACUAGUGUUGAUAUCUGUCUUACUUCAUAUAGAAAAUGCCACUAAAGUACCUAUUAUUCAUUGUUUUGAUUGGAUAUCAGGAACAAGUACCGGAGGGAUUUUAGCUUUGGGACUUGCAUGUGGUAAAUCAUUGCACGAAUGUUUGUGUUUAUACUUCAGACUUAAACAGCUCGUAUUUCAAGGAAGUAAACCUUAUGCUAGUGAAGUAUUGGAAAAUAUGUUGCAAGAAACAUUGGGUGCAAAUACUUAUAUGAGUGAUAUAAAGCAUCCAAAACUUUUAGUUACGGGUUUGUUAGCUGACAGAAAACCUGUAGAUUUACAUUUUUUUCGUAACUAUACAUCACCGAGUGACAUGCUUAACUUAGAUCAUCCAUGUGACUACCCACCUCCGCCACCUCCUAAUGAGCAAUUGGCAUGGAAAGCAGCAAGAGCAAGUGGUGCUGCACCUUCAUACUUCAGAAUGUUUGGUCGUUUUUUGGAUGGAGGAUUGAUCUCAAAUAAUCCUACUUUGGAUACAUUAACUGAAAUUGAAGAAUACAAUUUGGCAUUAUAUAAGACAAACAGAACUCAUGAAAUGAUUGAUCCAACUGUUGUAGUAUCUGUUGGAACUGGAUGUAUUCCUGUGACUGAAAUGAAAAACUUGGACAUUUUUAAACCAAGUAGCGUGAGCGAUGGUUUUCGCUUAGUAUUUGGGUUUUCAGCUUUAGGCUUAUUGCUUAUUGACCAAGCAACUCAGUCAGAUGGCCGUGUUGUAGAUAGAGCGAGAUCAUGGUGUUACAAAACAAAAACAGCAUUUUUUAGGUUUUGCCCACAAAUGUCAGAAGAUGUAGCUAUGGACGAAAAAGAUGAUGUCAAACUAGUCAAAAUUCUAUGGGAAACUAAAGUCGAUAUGGUGAGAAAUAAUGGGAAAGUGAGCAAGCUGGCACAACUACUGAAAUGAUCUGUAGAAAAAAAUGCAUAACUUUAGUUGAUCAUGAAUGUAAUAAUAUCAUAUUGUUUAUUAUUACAUAUUUUUUAAAUUUCUGUUAGUUACAUUAUGUAGUACACUAUUAUACCCAUCUUCUUCUUCAGCUUAUUGGUCUUUAAAAGACAUUAUACACAUACAAAUAAAUAUAAUAUAUAUUGCUUUAUA